CACCGCGCGAAUUUGCAAUUCAUUUGCGCGUUUGCUUCAUGAAUUUCAAUAAGUGGCACCGCAACAUUUCGAGCUAGUUAACUUUAAGAGCGGAGUCUUAAAGCUUGCCAGUCGAUUGCGAAACAUGAAAGGGUCCACAAUUAGAGGCAGCAGCCAAGUUAAGAGUGACAGGAUGAUAAUGAUGACAGCAGCCCAAGCCAAACGCAGCUGUGGCCGGAUUUAUGGGCUGGCUUACCCGCUGCUGCCGCUGCUGCUGCUGUUGCUGCUUCUCCUCCUCCUCCUCCGCAUAGAUGGCAGCGUGGGCGGCAAGACAACGACCAUUGUACGUCAUACGGAUACAGUGGAGCCGCAUUUGGAUGGCUUCUGGACAAAUAGGACCACCUGGAAUGCGCGCUGGGUGAAGUACUGGCGCGCCAAGCGCAUUUACGAGCCCGUCUGGAAGAAAGUCUGGACGCCCACCAUACUCAACGAGUGGGUGCCGCUGCCCAAUGCGCCGCCGCCGGAUGCCUGGCAGCAGCCGGAGGAUAAACAGGAUAAGCAGCAGCUGCACUCCAGCUAG